AUGCCGGCUGCCCACGCGAGCGCCGACACGGAUGGGGCGCUCAUGACGUCCCUGUCCGCCGCAGCGACAGCGCUGCUUGACAAGCACCCGCACCUGCAUCAGCUGAGGGACGUCGCGGCAGGAAAGGCGCCAUCGGCGCAGGCCGCUCUCCAGUGUGUGCGCACAGCUCUGUACGACGCCCGCGCAGCGCCCCUCGCGGCCACGCUCUUCCGCGCGUCGCUCCCGACGAUCAUCCACGGCGUCUUCGAGGACCACCGGCACCCGGGAACCGCCAUCGACCCCGCACAGGUCGCCUGCGCCCUCCUCGUAGCAUCCUUCUACGCGCCGCACGUCACGCCGGACGUGCGCCAAUUCUUCCACGCGCACCCGGCGCUCAACCCGUGGCGCUGCGCGGCCGGGCCCUCCGUGGACCGCGAGCGCGCCGUCCUGGUGUGUCGGUGCGCGCUCCUGAUCCGCGACACAGGGCCGGGCGCAGAGCUGGCGCAAACAUGGUCGGUGCGGCCCGCGCUGGCGCUCCUGCGCCACGGAGACGACGACGUGAAGUGGGCCGCCGCCAUGGCGGUGGCGCGGGCGAUGGAGAUGUCCGACGCAGGCACGGAGCGUUUCCUGGCGCAGCACCUCCCGAGCGACACGCCAACACAGUGCGCCCUGCGGUACGAGUGGUUCCGCAACGAGCUGGUCGUGACCGGCGCGGCGAUGUGGAUGCAGCCCAGCAGCGCCGCAAACGUGUCCCGCGAGGACGCGAGCGGCGCGGGGCCUCUGGCCGCCACACCCCCCCCAGGCCACGUGCGCGUGUGCGGGCUCGACCUGCCCGUGCGGCCGUCGCCGCCCGAGGAUCGCGCCGCCGCACUCAGCGACUCGAGCGCGCGGUUCGUGCCCACCGCCGGGAGCGCGGCCGCGCUGGAGGCCGCCGUGGUCGCACUGAUGCAGCGGGCACCGCUGGUGCUGGAGGGGCCGCCCGGCUGCGGCAAGUCGUGCGUGAUCGAGCACCUGGCGCGCGUGACGGGGAACGCGGCGAGCAUGGUGCGCAUCCACGUCGACGACCAGAUGGACUCCAAGUCCCUCCUCGGCACCUACGUGGCGGGGAGUACCCCGGGGGAGUUCGUGUGGCGCGCCGGGCCCGUGACACAGGCCGUCGAGCAGGGCCGCUGGCUCCUCAUCGAGGACGUCAACCUCGCACCGCCCGAGGUGCUCGCGGCCCUCGUCCCGCUCCUGGAGACGCGCGAACUGCAACUCGCGCAGCGCGCACAGACCGUCACCGCAGCGCCGGGGUUCCAGCUGCUCGGAACCGUCACGUCGAGCCCGAGCGGGUCCGGCGCCGGCGCGUACGGGUCAGCGCAGGCGCUCCGCGACCUCCUGGGGAGCCUGAUUCAGGUUGUGCGGGUGCCGGAGCCCUCCAUGUCUGACGCGCUCGAGGUGCUCGCUACGGCGCACGAGCCGCUGCGGCCGCUGCUGCGGCUCGCGCUGCGGUCGCUCAUGAUCAUGCGCGCGGCCGCGGAGAGCCCCGCGGGCGGAGCGGGCCAGGACGCGGGCGGCGAGGGCGACGCUGACCGCGCGGUGGUGCUCGCACUGCUCGAGGCGGCGGGGCUGCGGCCCGGGGACCGCGGACUACACCUCGGCCGGCACUUCUCUGUGCGCGACGUCAGCAAGUGGUGCCGCCGCAUGCAGCGGAUCCACGCGGCCGUGCUGCAGCGCAACGCCGCAGCGAUGCGCGCGCGCGCGUCGGAGGGCGACGUGACGGUGGACGACGUGCCGCUUGCUGUCCGCGAGGCCGCGUUCACGGAGUUCGCGGACAUCUUCGCGGCCCCCGUCCCGUCCGACGCCGCGCGGCAGGCGCUCCUGCGCUGUCUCGCCGCCGCGUGGGGGCUCGACCCGUCCGCCGCCGCCGACCACUACCAGGCGCUGCACAAGCCGCAGCUGCGCAUCGGUCCGGACCACGUGAACGUCGGCCGCGUCGCGCUGCCCGCGGUCGGCCGCUCCGCGCCCCGGCAGGCCCCCUUCGCCGAGACCGCGCACGCCAUGCGCAUGCUCGAGCGCGUCGCGGCGGGCGUCGCCAUGAACGAGCCGACGCUCCUCGUGGGCGAGACGGGCACGGGGAAGACGACCCUCGCGCAGCGCAUCGCGGACGCCGCGGGCGCGCGCCUCGUCGUGCUGAACCUGAGUCAACAGACGGACUCCAGUGACCUCCUGGGGGGGUUCAAGCCCCUGGAGCCCCGGCAGGCCCUCGCGCCCCUGCUGCAGCGGUUCUGCGAGCUCGUGCCCGCGACGUGGCCCCGCGGCGACAACAGCGCGUACCUGUCGAAGGUGACCAAGCUGGCAACGCAGACCAAGUGGGCGGCGCUGGUCAAGGCCUUCCGCGCGGCGGUGAGGAAGGCCGGCGGGAGCGCGCGCGGGGACGCGCCGCCGCAGAAGCGCGCGAAGACGGAGGCGACGGCGCUGGCGGGGGAGUGGCGGCGGUUCGCGGAGGACGUGGAGGCGGCGGAGCGUCUGGUGGCGGCGGCCGAGGGGGGCGUGGCGUUCUCGUUCGUGGAGGGCGCGCUGGUGCAGGCGGUGCGCGAGGGGCACUGGCUACUGCUCGACGAGAUCAACCUCGCGCCCGCCGAGGCGCUCGAGCGCAUCGCGGGCCUGCUGGAGGGCGACGGGGCGGGCAGCUUGACGGUGGCCGAGCGGGGCGACGCGUCGGCGGUCGCGCGGCACCCGGGGUUCCGCUUGCUCGCCGCGAUGAACCCCGCGACGGACGCGGGCAAGCGCGACCUGCCCGCGGCGCUCAAGAGCCGCAUGACCGAGAUAUGGGUGCCGGAGCCGUCGCAGAAGGGGGAUCUGCAAUUGGUGGCGGCGUCGUACCUGCAGGGGACGGCCGCGCAGCCGCCGCUGGCGGAGGUGGUCGAGUUCUACGUCGCCGCGAAGGAGGAGGCCGCGUCGGCGCUGACGGACGGCGCCGGGCACCGCCCCUCGUACUCGCUGCGCACCCUCUGCCGCGCCCUCGAGUACGUGCGGUGCGCGGUGCCGGUGUACGGGCUGCAGCGCGCGCUGUACGACGGGUUCGCGAUGAGCUUCCUCACGCUGCUCUCCGGCGAGAGCGCGCCGCGGCUCGAGCGCCUCAUCUGCCGGCACCUCCUGGGCGGCAACAGCGUGCCCAAGGGGCUGAUGCGGGCGCCGCCGGAGCCGAAGCACUCCCCGCACGUGCUGUUCGAUAGCUUCUGGAUCGAGCGCGGGCCGCUCGGGCAGUUCGCGGGCGGCGAGGAGGACGACGGCCAGGGCCGGCGGUUCGUGCGCACGCCGUCGGUGGCGCAGCACCUGCGCAACAUCGCCCGCGCGGCGCUCCUGCGCCGCAACCCGAUCCUCCUCCAGGGCCCGACCUCGAGCGGGAAGACGUCCCUCGUGGCGUACCUGGCCGCGCAGACAGGGCACAAGUUCGUCCGUAUCAACAACCACGAUCAAAUCGACCUGCAAGAGUAUCUCGGGAGCUACGUGGCGGACGAGACGGGCAAGCUGGCCUUCCGCGAGGGCCCGCUCGUCACCGCCCUGCGCGAGGGCCACUGGAUCGUGCUCGACGAGCUCAACCUGGCCCCGACGGAGGUGCUGGAGGCGCUGAACCGGCUGCUGGACGACAACAGGGAGCUGUUUGUGCCGGAGCUGCAGGAGGUGGUCAAGCCGCACGCGCACUUCAUGCUGUUUGCGACGCAGAACCCGCCCGGGCAGUACGCGGGCCGCAAGGUGCUGUCGCGCGCGUUCCGGUCGCGGUUCAUGGAGCUGCACAUCGGGGACCUGCCGGACGCGGAGCUGGCGGUGAUUCUCGACAAGCGGUGCGGGAUCCCGCCGUCGUACGCCGCGAAGAUGGUCGAGACGAUGAAGGAGCUGUACCGGCGGCGCAGCAGCGGGAACGCGCUCGCGGGCAAGCACGGGUUCAUCACGCCGCGCGACCUCUUCCGGUGGGCCGAGCGGCGCGCGCAGGGGUACGAGCAGCUGGCCGAGGACGGCUUCUGCGUGCUGGGCGAGCGCCUCCGCACGCCCGGCGAGCGCGCGGUCAUCCUGGAGGUCCUCAAGAAGACCAUGAAACAGUCGAUUGACCCCUCGCACAUUUACCGGCGUGACGGCGACGCCCCGCUCGCGCGGCUGGAGCAGUCGCUCGCCGGCGCGGACUCCGACCACGACGACGCUACCGCGCAGCAGCUCGCGGCGCUCCUCCGCGGCAUCGUGUGGACGCCCACGCUGCGGCGGAUGUACACGCUCGUCGACCGGUGCCUGCAGCACAGCGAGCCCGUGCUGCUGUGCGGGGAGACCGGGACGGGCAAGACGACGGUGUGCCAGCUCCUCGCGGCGAUGCGCGGGCAGCGGCUCCACAUCGUCAACUGCAACCAGUUCACGGAGGCGUCGGACUUCCUGGGUGGGUAUCGUCCGAGCAGGGACCGGGAGGUGGCGCUGGAGCGGCUCGCGGGACACGCCGCCGCGAUCCUCGCGCACCCGCUGACCGUGGACGCGGACAAGGCGGCGCUCGCGGGCGUGCCCGAGACGAUCACGUCGAUGCUGGGCCCCGAACUCGCGGCAGCGCUGGCGGCGCUGUCGAAGCUGGUUGCGGGCGCGGUGCGCGCGGACCCGGACGGCGACGCGAGCCGGGCGCUGCAGGAGCAGCUCGACGGUCUGAAGGACGCCGCCAAGCGGGCGCGCGCGCCGUUCGUGUGGGAGGACGGUCCGCUGGUCACAGCCAUGCGCAACGGAGACAUGGUGCUGAUCGACGAACUCAACCUGGCCGACGACGCGGUGCUGGAGCGGCUCAAUUCGGUGCUGGAGCCGUCGCGCACGGUCACGCUCGCCGAGAAGGGCGGCGGCGGCGCGGAGGUGGUCGUUGCUGCGGAGACCUUUCGCAUUCUCGCAACCAUGAACCCGGGCGGCGACUACGGGAAGAAGGAGCUGUCGCCCGCGCUGUCAAACCGGUUCACGAGCGUCUGGGUGGGCGGCGCGAGCAGCGACGAGGAGCUCCUGCAGGUCCUGCGCGCGCGCCUGGCGUCCGAGACGGCGCGCGCAGAGGCGGCGCCGCGCAUCGUCGCGUUCUGGCGGUUCUACCGGGAACACCCCGCGCUGUGCCGCACGGGCCUGUCGACGCGGGACCUGCUCGCGUGGGUGGGCUUCAUCAACGCCACGGAGCCCGCGCUCGGCACGUUGGCUGCGUACGCGCACGGCGCGCACCUGGUGCUGCUGGACGGGAUCGGGCUCGGGGUCGGGAUGGCGCCGGCCGCUGCGGCGGCGCUGCGGCGGCACUGCCGCGACUUUCUGGCGCGGCAGCUGCCGGACGACGCGCAGGACGCGGCGGAAGCGGCUGCGGGUGCUGGGAGCGUGAGCCUGGACGCGCCCGACGGGGCGGGCGCUCCGGGCGAGACGUGGGGGAUCGCGCCCUUCUUCACUCCAGCGGGACCGCACGCGGGGGCGCCGGAGGCCGCGGGGGGGCGGUUCAGCCUCGGCGCGCCGACGACCGCGCGCAACGCCUACCGCGUGCUGCGUGCGCUGCAAGUGCGCAAGCCCGUGCUGCUGGAGGGCUCGCCCGGCGUCGGGAAGACCACGCUGAUCGCGGCGAUGGCGCGCGCGAGCGGGAACGAGCUCGUGCGCAUCAACCUGUCGGAGCAGACCGACAUGAUGGACCUCCUGGGCGCCGACCUGCCACGUCAGGGCGGCGCGCCGGGGGAGUUCGCGUGGAGCGACGGCCCGCUGCUGCGCGCCAUCCGCCAGGGCGCGUGGGUGCUCCUCGACGAGCUCAACCUCGCGGGGCAGCCCGUCCUCGAGGGCCUGAACGCCGUCCUCGACCACCGCCAGCAGGUGUUCAUCCCCGAGCUGGGGCGCACCUUCCACUGCCCGGGGACGUUCCGGCUGUUCGCGGCGCAGAACCCCCUGCAGGAGGGCGGCGGUCGCAAGGGGCUCCCGAAGUCGUUUUUGAACCGGUUCUCGCGCGUGCACGUGGAGCUGCUGCACGCGGGCGACCUGAGGCUGAUCGUGGGCGCGCUGCACCCGCGCGUGCCGGCGGGCGUCGCGGAGCGCAUGGUGGACUUCACAUGCGCGCUGCACGCGGCGGUGAACGACGAGCGGCGCUUCGGCGGCGCGGGCGGCCCCUGGGAGUUCAACCUGCGCGACAUUCUGCGGUGGUGCUCGCUGGUGGAGGGCGCGGCGGGGGACGGCGACCUCGAGAUGUACGAACACGCCGCGCGGCACUUCGUGCGCAUGCUGUACGUGCAGCGGCUGCGGACGGACGCCGACCGCGCGGAGGCGCUGCGUCUGUUUGAGAGCGUGUGGGGGGCGGGGGACGAGGGCGACGCGGGGCGGGUCCCGACGGUCCUGUGCACGCCGGAGGUGCUGCGCAUCGGGCGGGCGCGGCUGGCGCGGUCGGCGCCGGAGCUGGGAGCUGGCACGGAGGGCGGAUGGGUCGCGCCGCGGGAGGGUCGGGGCGGGAACGGCCGCGCGGCGCUGAGCCCGGCGCCGGAACAAAUGCCGGUGCUGGAGUCGGCGCUGCACACGCUCGGCAUGGGGUGGAUGUGCCUGCUCGUCGGGCCCGCGGGGACGGGCAAGACGGCGGCGGCGCGGAUGCUUGCGCAGCUAGCGGGGCAGCAUCUCCUGGAGGUGAGUCUGACGUCCGGGUCGGACACGUCGGACCUUCUGGGAGGCUUCGAGCUGCUCGAGCCGGACCGGUGCGUGCAGCAGCUGCGCAGCCGGGCCCGCCGCCUCGUGCGGUCGUACGCGGCAGCGCUGCUGUGCCACGCACAGGACGACCUGAGCGCCGUCGAGGCGCUGUGCGAGGGCGUGGAGUCUUUCGAGCAGCGCGAUGCCGCUGGCACGGGCGCGCCGGUCGAGGACCUGGCCAGUCUGCAUCACCGGGUGUCGCAAUUCAGUCUCCACAUGUCGCAGCACCAAGGCCGCGUCCCCUGGGCGGCCAGGGAGGCUGCGCAGCUCGUUCGCGACAUCGACGCGCUGCGUGAGUCCCUCGUGGGCGCCGGCAAGGGCGCCGCGGGGCGGUUCGAGUGGGUGGACGGCGCCCUGCUGCGCGCCAUCGAGUCGGGCGGGUGGGUGCUCCUGGACAACGCCAACAUGGUCAGUCCGACGGUGCUGGACCGUCUGAACCCGCUGCUCGAGCCCGGCGGGCAGCUCUACCUGAACGAGUGCGGCUCGGUCGACGGCCGGCCGCGCCUCAUCACGCCGCACCGCGCCUUCCGCCUGAUCCUCACCGCGGACCCGCGGCACGGCGAGGUGUCCCGCGCCAUGCGCAACCGCGGCAUCGAGAUCUUCAUCGCGGCGCCACCCCCGCGCGCGGCGCACCCCGGCCUGUCCGGCGCGCUGUCGCUGGAGGGCGUGCCUGGCGCAAGGCUGCAGAGCGCGAUGUGCGCCGCGCACUGCGCCGCGGUCGAGGCCGCGGCCGCGCACCACCGGCGCGCCCCCGCGCUGCGUGCCCUGCGGCUGUGGGGCACGACGACGCGAGCGCUCGUGCAGCGUGGGUUCCCAAUCGGUGUUGCGCUGCGGAGGGCGUGGGACCAGGCGUACACGCACGCGGAUGGCGACCGCGGGCUGGAGAUCAGGCUGCGAGAGGUAUUCGACGCCUUGUGUCGCGACGUCGACGCCGCGGGGGCGCUCGAGGAUGGGACGGGGCGGCCUGAGAGCGCGCUGACGCUGCCUGGGUUCUGGCCACGGACGGUGGACGCGAACAUGCUGAUGACGCGGUCCCGCGACGCCGGCACGAUGCGCGACGUCGCGGUCGUGGCGCACGCGGCACUGGCCGUCGUGGCCCGCGACGCGCACGUCUCUGGGGGGGGCAUCUUUGCAGCACUGCUUGACAGCAGCGCAAACCUCCGUGCGGCUCUCGCGGUGCCCCAGGCGACCCCGGACGCCGGGCAAGCAUCUACGACGACACGCGGCGCCGGGCUGGCGGAGUGGACCGGCCUCGAGACCGCGCUCCGGCUGGCUGUCGAGGGUGCGGCUCCGUCGCGGUCCGAGCUGGAGGUGCGUUGCCGCGCGGUGGCGGAGGACCUCUCUCUGCUGGCCAGCCGGCUCGGUGGCAAGUCUGGCGUCCUGCGCCUCGCCGCGUCCUUCGCGCAGCGGGUCGGGGACCUCGAGGCGACUCGGGCGGCGUUGCAGGACCGCAACCACGACGAUACGUGCCUGGGUGCGGACGAGCGGCGCCUGGCUGGGCGUCGACGGGGCAGCGACCGAACGCAGCGCGCGUGGGCGUCGGCGCUCGGGGUUCUGUGGGCGUGGGCGUGUCUGAAGGAGGGGAUCGAGGACUGCUGUGCGGCCCUGAGCCAGCCAGGAAGACACCCCCUGUUGUUGUCGUCGUUCGCCGCGGCGAGCGACCCCACGGCGCACGCGCGCGCCGCGCAGAAGCACGCCGUGAUCCCCUGGAUCCACCCGCUGCUGCUCGCCAUCGUCGAGUUCGAGGCGGCGGUGGUAGGGGGGGGACUUGUCCCCGAGGGGUCCUGGGUAGAAGCGCUCGAGAGGCUCGGCGCCGAACGCGACGCGCUGGUGCGGCACAGCAUCGCGACGUGCGACCUGGACGUGCAGAUGCUCAGCCUGCUGUUCCUGAGGCUCCGGAAGCGCUUCCGCGCCGUCCUGGAGGGCUGCACGGGUCUGUCCAGCGACGUGUGCCAGGGGGCGGCCGCGCAGCGCGCCACCCACGUCGUCGCGGAGACCGCCGCGGCGCUCGGGCUCGGACCCGAGGCGCCUUCGAAGCCGCUGCUCUGGCGGCACGGCGGGCACGUUCCCGCGCCGCCCUCCGAGCAGGCAGCAGCAGCGCUCCACGCGCUGCUCAACGUCAGCGCCGCCGCGCACGUCUCCGGCCAAGCAGGCGCGGACUCGGUCCACCGCGCCGCGGAGGACCUCGCGGAGCUGCAGAUGCGUUCCGGCAAGGAAGGCAUCGACAUGCAGCUCUUGCUGGCUGAGCGCGAGCAGCGCAUCGCCGAGGCAGAAGCGCGCCGGUUCGCGGUCGGGUGCGACCCAGCCCUGCGGCGCGCUUGCCUGAACGCGCUGUCGAUGUUCGGCGCGGCGGCGAUGCAGGCCGCCCUCGGCACGACGUCCACGUCGGAGGUGGAGCGCUUCUCCCGCAUCGCCGCCGAGGCCGCCGCCGCGCUGCAGCUCCGCGUGGACGAACUGCGGUCCGCGCCGGCCUCCGCGGACAUCUGGCAGUCGCCGGGCACGCAGGACGCCGGCGGCGCAGCGCUCGCGCUCCCGCCGCGGUUCAUGUCGUCGCAGUUUGGCCGGGACGCCCAGGUGGGGCUGCAGGUGCUGCAGGGCGCGCUGUGUGCGCGCCUGCAGGCCGGCGUGGCUGCCGAGCUGGCUGUCGUUGCGGCGAGGCACAAGACGGGCGACGUCGACGUGGGCGAGGCGGACAAGCGGGCGUUGCUGCGGAAGUCUGUCGGGGCAGUGGAAGCAGGGCUGUUUGCGACGGGGCUGCCCGUGACGUCGCUCGUCGGGCUGAAGCAGCUGCAGUGGAUGCUCUCGGCGGACGGAGCGGCGAGCUCCGAGGCCGUUGCGACCGUCCUGCACGUCGUGUGCUUCCACUGGGCGUCCAGUAUUCUCCAACACACCGCGCAGGUGCCAAAGCUGCACGUGACGCCCCGUAGCGGCGAGUCAGGGCUGCACAUGCUGUCCAUUCGCGCGGGCGACAGCAGUCAGCUGUUGCCGGCAACAGGGCACCUCUCCGUGCACGCCUCCGCCAUCGCGCUCGCGGCUGCCCCCGCGGUGGACGUGCAGGCCGUGCGCGCUGCCGAGCUGCGCACCGCCGCGCGGAUGAUCCGAGCUGCGUGCCGCAGCGAUGCCCCGCGCGACGCACAGGUGCUGUCGUCGCUGCUGGCGGUGAUUCUCGCGGCUCACGCGCCCGCGGCGUCCUCGGACAGCGACCGCGCAGCGCUCGUCGCAGCAGCGCGCGGUCUCCUGCAGGGCGACGCGGGACCGGCCGCGGCGGUGUGCGACAUCGCCAGCCGCAGCAGCCACACCAAGCUACGCGAGGUCAACGACAGCGGCCUUCUCCGCAGAGCGCUAGACGCCGUGGCUGCAGCGUCACGCUCGGCGCGCGCGCCGUGUCCGCGCAGUGCGGCGGCGUGGGCCCUGCUCGGGACGCUCCGUCUGCACCUCGCCGCGCCGCCGCUGGGCAUCGACCCCGCGUGCAAGUCCUCCCUGAAGCGCUCCGUCUGUCUGUCGGACCUGCACGGCCGCGUGCACCCCGAACAGCACGUGCGGCGGGAGUACGCGCGCCUGCCGUUCGGGCCCGCGCAGGACUUCUACCUCGGUGCCCUCCAGACGCGCGGCGACGCGCUCAAGGCCCGCGCAGACGCGCUCGAGGGCAAGGGAGUGCCCCGCCCGGUGCCGUCCGCCUUCCCGCAACUGCGCGCGGAGAUCGGCCGCAUCGAGUCCGGGCCCGCGAAGCCCGAGCGCAUCGUGCAGCUCGUGGACGACCUGACGGGCCCGAGCGCGAGCAGCGACGCGGUGGAGGCCGCAGAGGGUCUGACGUCGACCCUCAUCGCUGCUGCGGAGGGGUUGGAGCGACGCUACCCCGCGUACGUCGACAUUGUUUCUCCGGUGGUCCAGGCCAUGCGGGAGAUCAGCUACGGCCUCGGGGCGCUGACGACGAUGCGGCGGCGCCCCGAGGUGAGCCGCGGGGCGUUCGCGAUGGACGCCGAGGCUGCGGUGCGGUGCGUGGUGUCCCGGGCCGCGGCGGGGCUGAUGGCGGUGCCGGCGGGCGCGUUCGUGCAACACGACGCUGUUGGACCCCUCGCGGUGUCGGAGCUGUCGCGUAGCGAGGUUCUCGAGGCUGUGCGCGCGCAGGUCAAGCACGCAGCACUGGCGUCGACCACGCCAGGCAGCGCCGUCCGCCCUGCGGCGGUCGCUGACCGGGAGGCGCACGCAGACGCGCUUGCAUACAAUGCACGCGCGGGCGCGCUGCACGUCGCGCUGACCGCGGCUGGACACGAGGCGUCUUUCGCGCUGCACGGUCUGGCGGGGGCGGUGCAGCAACACGGGUCGGGGGCUCUCCGGAGGCUGAAGCGGUCGUUCCUGGCGCUGCUGUCGACGUGGGAGGAGCUCAAGGCGCUGCAGGCGCGCAAGGCCGAGGAGGAGGCCCAGGUGUUCAAGAUGAAGCAGAAGACCACGGAAACCAAGGUCAAGUCGGAAGAAGAGGAGGCGGAAGAAGCCUACAACAGGAUGUUCGGCAACUUCAGCGCCAUGUUCGCGGACCUCGAGACCCUCACGCCGGAGCAGCUCCCCGAGGACGCCGCGGCCCCCGACGCGCCCGCCACCGACGACAAGGAGGCGUCGGCAACCGAGGCGGCAACGGCAGCGGCGGCGCACCUCCUGGGCGGCCGCAUCCUCGAGGACGCCGUGGCGAUCCACCGCGCGGUGUUCGACGGCGCGCACAGGGACGCGCCUGCGCUCGAGCCCGAGGAGGCGUUCCACCACAGGUACAACUUGGGGGUGUCUUUGAUGCGCACGCUGGACUGCGUCAUGCCCACGUGGACGGACGAGGCGACGGCGGGCGGGCACCUCGCGCGCGUCCUGCAGCAGUGGCGGCGCAUCGCGACGCGGCGCUCCGCCGUGCUGGCCGCGGACGGCGGUCUGAACGAGCUGACGCGGCUGGGGGGCCGCAACGUCGUGAAAGCGACGCAGCGGCGGGCGGGCGACGAGGUCGACGUGCAGGGCCCGGUGCUCGAGGAGAUGACGCUGCUGCAGGACCCCGUCGCGGGCGUGAAGGCGCGCAUCGGCGCGCUGCUCGCGGAGUGGCCGGAGAAUCCGAUCCUCAUGCAGCUGGACGCCAUCUGCGACCGCUUGCUGGCGAUGGCGGUGACGGUGCCGCUGAAGCAGGGCAUGACGGGCGUGGAGCUGCUCCUCGCGCGCGCGCAGCUGUGGGAGGACACGGCGGCGAAGCACGUGUCGAUGCAGGCGGAGCUGUCCAAGGUGCAGCAGCUGGCCACGCGCUGGCGGAGGAUCGAGCUCGAGUCGUGGCGGUUCCUGCUGGCGCGCACGCGCGACGUGCACGCCGCGGGGGCGCACCGGACGUGGUUCUUCCUCCUGCGGCUCGUGUCCGGGCACGCCGACGGCAGCGACGCGUCCCCGACCGCGACCAUUGAGACGCUGGAGCACUAUCUGCAAACCUCGACUGUCGGUGAGUUCCGCCGGCGCCUGGAGCUGCUCUGGGCGUUCUACGGGCAAGUCCGGAUCGGCGUGGCUGCGGCGGGCGAGGCCGAGGGCGCGGACUCGCUGUCACACUCGAUCUACAACCUGUGUCGGCACUACGGGCAGUUCUUGCCUGCGAUCGAGAAGGAGAUCGACGACGGGCUGCGGCCGAUCGAGAAGGCGCUGGUCGACUUCGUCAAGCUCGCGAAGUGGGAGGACCGCGGGUACUACGCGCUGAAGUCGUCGGUGGAGAAGAGCCAGCGCCACCUGCACAAGAUGUGCGCGCGGGCCGAGGCGGUGCUCAAGGAGCCCGUCGCGGCCUCGAUCGCGCGCUGCUCGCUCGCCGUCGGCGUCGCCGACCUGCGCGCCGCGGACGCGGCCGAGGCGCCGUUCGGUGCCGACGGCAUCGGAACGACGGCGGGCGAGAAGCCUGGCGCCAAGAAGUCGAAGACGAAGGCGAAGGCCAGCAAGCAGGACGUGGCCUCGCAGGUGGUACCCUCGCUCACGCGCGUGCAGGCCGCGCUCGAGGCGUGUCGGCGCGCUGCGGGGCCGGCCAGCGGCGCUCCUCAGCCGCAGGCGGGCACCAGCCUGCGCGAACGGCUGCCGGCGCUCGCGCGACGGUUCGCGUCGAUCGCGACGGCGGCGUGCGCCGGCGACGGCGCGGCGGCCGUGCACGACGCGGUCCCCGCGGAGCUCGAGGACCUGUCCGCGGCGGCAAUCGAGCAGGCUCUGGAGCUCAAGGAUCUGUCAGACAAGUCUGCGAGGAUGCGCAAGAAGAAGGCGCUGACCGACUUGUUCCGAACGCUCGCGGCCGUCGGCGUGUCGCACCACCGCGCGUCCGUGCCCGCGGACGACCGCACGCCCUCGGCGUGGUUCCUCCGCCCGGGCCCGCAGCUGGGCAGCACACUUAUGGUGCAGGAGGCGGCGCCGGGGACGCGUGCGGACUGGCAGCGCGCCGACGCGUACCACUACACGUGCAUCGCGCGCAUCCAGCGGCUGUGGGAGGCCAGCAAGACCCCGAGCAGGGACCUGAGCGGCCGGGAGGUGGAAAUCGCGGGAAGGAUGUCGGCACACAUGCUGCGGAUGAUGCGUGAGCAGCGCGCCGGGCUCGCGGACGUGUGCGCGCAGUACGACGCGCUCCGGCGGCACAUCCAGCUGCUCGAGCGGGCGAACGCCGGCGGUGCGCUGCGCGCGUCGGAAGAGGGCGCGCACUGUCUGGAAGCUGCAAUGUGCGAGCUCGAUGCGGCUAGUCUGGCGCUCCCGGACUGCGUGCGGCUGCUCGCGCUCGCUGCCGAGGCCGAGGACGACACGCGGCUGCGCAAGUCGCUCUCGGCGGGCGCGGACAUGCUCCGGCGCCACGUGGACUGCGUUCGCGAUGCACGCAAGGCCGUUUGUCGGGUCGCAUCGUCCAAGGCUCCGGGAUCGACCGCUGUGCUCGCUUCCGAGACGGAUGUCAGAGCGCUGCGGGACAGCGCGCGUGCCGUUCGUGCCGCGUGCGAGGAGGCGGGCGCGUUCGAACACAGUGCCCUUGCGAACCUGCCGGACGAGGUGCCUGACGUGCUGGCCAGCGUGCCGACGCUCGCGGACGCACAGAAGUGCCUGGCUCGAGCCAGCGGUGUGCUCGAGCAGGCGGUCGAGAGUCUAUGCGCAUCCAGGCAGGGAAGCGAUGCGGUGUGCAAGGACGCAGGCGCGGCGGUCGAGGGUGCGGUGGGCGCGAUCCUCGUCUGGGCGCAGAAGCUCAAGCGCACGUGCGACGACCUCGACCGUAAGUACGAGGAGGCGCAGAAGGCGGACGAGCCGGAGCCCGAGGGAUCGCCGCACGCCGAUGGCGACGGCGUGGGUGAGGGCGAGGCCGGCGAGGACGGCUCGGGGAAGUCGGAGGCAGCCGUUCCCGCUCGCGACGCGCUCGGCGCCAUGCUGAGCGUCUCUGACGCCGUCGCCGCCCUCCAGCACAUCGCGACCGGCGAGGACGGGCUCGCGAAGGUCGGGGCGGCGCUGGGCCAGGUCGCUCACACCGUGCACGCCCGCGGGCCCGAUGAGAGCAGCGGCCUGAAGGAGCAGGUGGCGUGCAUGCUCAGCAUGGCGCGCGGGCUGCUCGCCGUCGCGGAGCGCAGCUUCGCUUCGGUGCUGCGGCUGCACAGGGCGCACGGCAAGCUUGCGCACGUGGUGAUCGGUAUUCUGACUUCGCUGGUCAAGGACGGGUUCUGCGUGGCCGCGGAGGAGCAGGAGGGCGACGGCGAGGGCGACGGCGAGGGCGACGGGCGGUUCGUUGAGGCGGAGGGCACGGGUCUGGGUGACGGCGAAGGGCGCAAGGACGUGUCGGAGCAGAUACAGGACGAGGACCAGAUCAUGGGGGCGCAGCAGAAGGACCAGGAGAAGAAGGAGGAGCAGGGGGAGAAGAAGCCGUUGGAGGAGGAGUCGAAGGGUGUGGAGAUGGAGCAGGACUUCGAGGGGGAGCUGCAUGACGUCAGCAGCGACGAGGAGGAGGACGACGGAGGGGAGAAGGACGAGGGCGAUGACGAGCAGCGCCUGGACCAGGAGAUGGGCGACGCGGGCGACGACGCCGAGGACGUGGACGAGAAGCUGUGGGACGGCAACGAGGAGGACGAGGAGGACGGGCCGCGGAAGGACGCGGGGUACGACCGGGACAACGCGGUGGGGAAGCGGGAGGGCGCGGACACGGAGAUGGUCGCGGGGGAGGACGACGGCGGGAACGAGGGCGGCGGGCCGGAGGAGGAGGGUCCGGAGGGCGACGGCAAGGACGAGGAGCAAGGCGGGGGGGCUGAGGAGGUGGGCGGGGACGAGGAGGGCGAGGAGGGGGAGGAGGGGGAGGGGGUGGUGAACGAGGAGGUGGCGGGGGGCGAGGAGGACGAGGGGAACCGCGUGAGGCCGGAGGAGCCGGAGCAGGAGAUGGAGCUGCCGGACGACAUGGAGCUGGACGCGGACGAGGCGGGGGAGGCGGCGGUGGACGAGGGGGGCGACGGUGGCGAGGAGGAGGGCGACGGGGGGGUCAAGGAUGAGGGGGGUGGGUUCCCAGAGGGGGAGGAGGAGGAGGAGGAGGAGGGGGGGGGUUGGAGGUGGCGCAGGAGGGGGGCGGCGGCGGGGGAGGAGCCGGGCGAGGAGGACGCGGUGCAGGCGGGGCCGGCGGGGCAGGCGUCGGCGGCGGCGCAGGCGUCGGCGCGGCCGGCGGGGGCGGCGGACGGCGGCAAGGGGGAGCAGGCGGAGGACGCCAACGGCACCGAGGCCGGGGUGGACGCGGGGGCGGUGGCGCAGCAGAGCGCGGCGAUGGAGGCGGCGGAGAUGGCGCAGCAGUCGGCGCAGGGGGCGGCGGAGUCCGGGGCGCGCGGCGCGAAGGCGCGGGCGGCGGGCGGCGGGGAGCAGCAGCGGCAGCGGCAGGAGCCGUCGCAGGGCAUGGGCGAGGCGAACCCGUUCCGGUCGCUCGGCGACGCGAUGGAGCGCUGGCGGGCGGACCUGAACAUCACGGGCGACGCGGAGGAGAAGGGGGCGGGCGGCGAGGAGGAGCUGGAGGAGAGGGGAGGGGGAGUGAAGGACGUGGUGGCGGGGGAGUACGAGUUCGCGGACCAGGGGGAGCGCGGGGACGCGCAGGCGCUCGCUCCGGCGACGGAGGAGCAGGCGGGGCAGAUGGAGGCGCUGAACCGCGACGAGGGCGACGACGCUGGCGAGGAGGAGGGCGGCGGCGACGAGGACGCCGUCGCUGCGCCGGGCGCGGAGGAGGAGCCGAUGGACGAGGACGACCCUGGGGAGGUCAGGACCGGGCACGCACCGAGCCGUCUGGCGGGACAGAAGACGGGCGUGGAGCCGCGCGGCGCGGACGGUGACGAGAAGAAGGACAGGGACGGGGACGUGGCGAUGGACGGCGACGACGAACAGGGGGACGAGGAGCUGGCCGGCGAGGACGGCGCUGGGGAUGAGGAGAGGCUCGAGUCCCUGGUGGAGGUGCGCGCGGGCGAGCUGGCGGGCGGCGCUGCGGACGGUCGCGACGAGGAGCGCGCGGUGUCCGAGGCGGUGCGCGGCGCGCUGACGCCCGAGGAGGCCGAGGCGCUGCGGGCUGGCCUGGAGCGCAAGCUCCAAGACGCGGCCGCGGGCGCCGCGGCCGCGGGCGACCUGGGAGCGGCGCGCGAGAUGUGGGCGCGGUGCGAGGCGCUGACGUCCGCGCUGUCGGGCGAGCUCGCGGAGCAGCUGCGGCUGAUCCUGGAGCCGACGCAGGCGACGAAGCUCGCGGGGGACUACCGCACGGGCAAGCGGCUCAACAUGCGGCGCGUCAUCGCGUACAUUGCGUCGCGGUUCCGCAAGGACAAGAUCUGGAUGCGGCGUACGCGGCCGGACAAGCGGCGGUACCAGGUGGUGCUGGCGGUGGACGACUCGCGCUCGAUGGCGGAGCACGGGUGCGGCGGGUUCGCGAUGGAGGCGCUGGCGCUGAUCUCGCGCGCGCUGAUGCGGCUCGAGGUGGGGGAGUUCGGGGUGGUGUCGUUCGGGGGGUCCGGGGCGGUGGAGCCGCUGCACCCGCUGGACCGGCCGUUCACGGACGCGGCGGGCGUGGACGUCAUGUCGCGGCUGCGGUUCGACCAGGACAACACCAUCGACGACAAGCCCAUGGUGUCGCUGAUGACGUGCCUGAUGGACAUGCUCGACGCGGCCCGGGAGCGCGUGGCGACAGGUGGAGCGGAGACGCUGCAGCAGCUCGUGCUGAUCCUCGCGGACGGGCGGCUGCACGAGAAGGAGGCCCUGCGUCGCGUCGUGCGCGAGGCCGCCGAGCGUCCCGGCGUGGUGUACGCGUUCAUCAUCCUCGACAGCUCCGAGUCCUCGCUGCUCGACCUGCAGACGGUGGCGUUCCGGGGAGGGAAGCCGGAGUUCACGCGGUACCUCGACAGCUUCCCGUUCUCGCUGUACGUGGUGCUGCGGGACAUCGCCGCGCUGCCCGCGACGCUCGCCGACCUGCUGCGGCAGUGGUUCGACCUGACGUCGCGCUGA